UCCUUCUGUGAUUGUGCCCCCCCCAACUCCCCCGCUGCAGGACAGCACAAUGAUGCACGAAUGAACCUUGCCAUCGCCCUCACUGCUGCCAGGUAUGGGGCUGCCAUAGCCAAUUACACUGAAGUGGUGCACUUGCUGAAGAAGACGGAUCCAGAGAGCGGGAAGAGCCGGGUUUCUGGAGCAAGGUGCAGGGAUGUUCUAACAGGGCAGGAAUUUGAUGUCAAAGCCAAAUGUGUUAUCAAUGCUACAGGACCUUUCACAGAUUCUGUGCGGAAAAUGGAUGAGCAGGAAGUACCAAACAUCUGUCAACCAAGUGCAGGUGUUCAUAUUGUGAUGCCCGGCUAUUACAGCCCUGAUAAUAUGGGACUUCUUGACCCAUCCACUAGUGAUGGACGAGUGAUUUUCUUCCUGCCAUGGCAAAAGAUGACUAUUGCUGGCACUACUGAUACUGCAACUGAAGUUACCCAUCACCCGAUACCUACAGAAGAAGAUAUCAACUUCAUUUUGACAGAAGUACGCAACUAUCUUAGCUGUGAUGUUGAAGUGAGGAGAGGAGAUGUUCUGGCAGCAUGGAGUGGGAUUCGUCCCCUUGUGACGGAUCCCAAUUCUAAAGACACUCAGUCCAUAUCUCGAAAUCACGUGGUGCAUGUUAGUGACAGCGGCCUUGUGACUAUCGCAGGUGGGAAGUGGACCACCUAUCGCUCAAUGGCCCAGGAUACCAUUGAUGUUGCAGUAAAAACUCAUAACCUUCAGGCUGGUUCCUGUAGAACUGUAGGACUGCUCUUGCAGGGUGCAGAGGGUUGGAGCCCUACCCUUUAUAUCCGCCUGGUUCAAGAUUAUGGACUUGAAAAUGAGGUUGCUCAACAUCUUGCAAAUACAUUUGGGGACAAGGCUUUUGAUGUGGCAAAAGUAGCCCAGGUAACUGGGAAGAGGUGGCCUAUCGUUGGGAAACGUCUUGUCUCCGAGUUUCCGUAUAUUGAGUCAGAGAUCGAGUAUGCCAUCGGUGAAUACGCUUGCACUGCAGUGGACAUGAUUGCUCGUCGCACUCGUUUGGCUUUUCUGAAUGUCCAAGCUGCCGAUGAAGCAUUACCAAGAAUCAUUGAGAUAAUGGGCAAGAAACUGAAAUGGAGUGAACAGAAGAAGAAGGAAGAGCUUGCGACGGCACAAAAGUUCCUGUACUAUGAAAUGGGCUACAAGGCAAGGUCGGAGCAACUGACAGAUCGGAGUGAAAUCACUUUAUCCCCAGGAGAUAUUGACAGGUACAAAAAAAGAUUCCACAUGUUUGAUAAAGAAUGCAAAGGUUUUAUUACUAUAUUGGAUGUGCAGCGUGUGCUAGAGAGCAUCAACCUUCAAAUUAAUGAAAGUGCACUCCAUGAGAUUUUGAAUGAAGUGGAUCUGAACAAAAAUGGGCAGGUUGAACUCAACGAGUUUUUGCAACUCAUGACAGCUAUUCAGAAAGGAUACGUGUCUGGAAGCCGGCUUGCCGUACUUAUGAAAGCAGCUGAAGAAAACAUUCAUCAGCGGGAAGUGAUUUCAGUGGACCGGAGUUGUGGUGGACUGUGAGUUGGGAGGUGGAGGGGCUUACAGCUAUAAAAAGGUGCGCCCCCUGGUUGCCUCUUUCAAUGCUGAAAAACAUUCCACUGCUUUCAGAUGUUUCUGCUUCUCCUCACUCUGACCGACUGUGUGCAGAAAGUCACAUUGUACAGCUCUCCUUUUUACAUUUGUGUGAAGAGUCUACUUGACUGGUGGCCUGUUGAACUGGCUUUCUCUAGCAUCCAUGGCAAACAAGACUAUGAAAAGA